GUGUAAUAGCAUAGAGAAUAAAAAUAAUGUAAUACAUUUAAUAUAAGAGAUAUCUGUGCACCCGAAUCUCGAGAGUCGAGAGGCGUGAUUUUAUUUAGUGAUUUGUCAUUUAUAUUAUAUACCGUGAUACUAUAAAUAAAAUAAAAUACAGAAAUCCGGUGACCGGUGAAAAUAAAUAAUUUAAAAAAUCAUUAAUUUAAUGUCCAGGCCUAACUUCCCGUUCACAAGGCCUUUAUUUUGAUUGAUUUACAAUAAUAUCCUAAUAUUCAUUGUGUAAAUAUUAAAACUACUAAUUUGAUUAAGAGAUAUUUAUUGAUACACAGUAAACUGUACAGUACAGAAACCUAGAAAUGGACGGAGUUGUUGAGGUCAAUGAGAUUUCGGAUUUUGUGUCUUACAUAAAAAGUAUUGAAUGGCGUGAUCCUUGGCUCAUAGCACUAUUAUCAUUUCACGUGCUAGUCACAUUUACCUGCUUCUCUACACGAAAUUAUGGAAAUUUUCAAAUCAUUCUCUUUAUCACACUAUUGUUAUUGGUAUACUUUUCUGAGAGCAUUAAUGAAGUAGCUGCAAGAAAUUGGACAUUAUUUUCAAGACAACAAUACUUUGACAGCAAGGGUCUUUUUAUAUCAGUUGUAUUCUGUAUACCUAUAUUAUUAAACUGCAUGAUUAUGGUGGGCUCAUGGCUUUACCAAUCAACACAAAUUAUGACAAAUCUUAAGAAAGCACAACUCCGUCAGCGGCUGAAAGAGCUGAACAUGAACAGAGGAAAGAUAACAAAGUCGGAUUAGGUACCAGUCAUUGAGGUGGGAAUUGGUAUGAUUAUUUAGGAUAUGUCCCUUGCCUCAAUCUGUGGUAACUUUCCCAGGAGUAAAGCCCAGUAGGUGGAACAAAUAUUAUUUUGUUAUUGACGUAGUGUUGCCAGGUGAGACGUGAAAUUAAUUUUGAUGCAUCGUAUUAUCCUUGGCGAGAAUUUUGGAUGCGUAUAAAGAUUUGUUCCAUAAAAUUAAUUGUUCACUUAUUCUUCUAUAAUAAUAACGACGAUACUGUCCACUAUCUUUAUCCAUAAUUUGCUAAAUAAUAAAAAUUUUAACGCAUUUUUUUUACAUAUUUUUAGAAGAAUAUUGUAUGUAUAGAGUUCCUAUUUUCACACAUUCAAAUUUCAAUACAUACUUGUAUAAGGACAUACUAUUUCUAAUGUAGAAUAUUUUAAUAUUAUAAAUGCGAAAAUAAGAAUGUAGUUGUACCUAUUAAUAGAUGUGAUUAAGAAAAAAACAUUGGUAUUCGCACGUAGAAAAUUGACGAAUCGCGAUCACCGCUAGUGUUAUACUUGAAUAAUAUAUGUAUUGGAGCUAAAUCAAGAAAUGUCGAUUGCUAUAUUAGGAAAAGCUAUCGAGCACACUUUCAGAUCUAGGUUUCAUAUGUAAAACUCGUUGGACCCACUUCAUAACUUAAAAGGGAACACGAUAGUGUUUUUAAAGAAACUUUUUCGCGGAUUACAUUUCUAAAUUAAACUUUUUUCAGCAAAUUCAAUUUACAAAUAUAUUUGUUGUGGUGGCCAUUAUGUCUCUAAUUAUAAAUCGCCGAUUCGAAACCUCGAACUUUUUAUUUAAAAAUCAUAAUAUUGCCGUAAAAGAUUGUGGUCUGUAGUUUGUGAAUCCGUUCUUAUCUAGAAAUAAAUCACCUUUUGACCUUGAAUAAGAUUGUGCCAAAAUGCACUAUGCAUAUAAUUAUUAACAUUACACGUUUAUUAUCAACGUUUUGAAUCUUAUGUAAUCAUCGUAGUGAAACAACUUUUAAAAAUAAACGAUGUUACGUAGUUAUGUUAAUGUGUUAUUCAAGGACAGUAUAUUUUUGUGACUUUGACAGAUACAUUUCCUUAAAAAUAUAAGUGUAUGCUCACAGACUAGAUAAAUAAUGGCGUAAAAGAGUGUAGAGGUGUGUAUAUGUCGCAGUAAAGUAGUUAAAUCAGAGAGUUAAUCGAAUCUCUAGUCAGUUAAUUAUAGACCGAUAUUAAAUCAAAAUGCUAGAUUAUGAUUUAAAUAAAGCAGCAUCGAAAACUUUUAACUAUCUGUCCGACCGAAAGCCAGCGUGUUGAUUAAUAAUGUAAAACAAGACUCCGCCAUGAUUAUUUCAUUUGUUAUUGUUAUUUCGGUGUGGUCGUGAAGAACCGAGAGCUUGGAAAUUCAGUGUUUUGUUUUAUUGUAAAUGGUUACGUUAGUCUUGUUGGCUAGUAACGUUUAGGAAACUCGUUAAACGUUUCGUUCACACACAUGUCGGACGGAACUUUAGCGACUUGAUUGAAAAUUGAAAUUUAUUUAACUGUCUAGAGAUUCAAUUAACUCUCUGAUUUAACUACUUUACUGCGACAUAUACACACUUAUAUUUUACACUUUGCAUAAGUUUCAUAGUGGGAGAGCGACGACAAUGGUUCUAAUACAUGGUUAAUAAGGUAACCUUACCGUUUUUCUUUAUCUUCAGGCACGACUUUCAGUAUAUUUGCACUGUUCUCACUGACUGUUGUUUGCUUUUUGAUCAUUCUCUUCUAUUUCCCUAAAUAAUCGUUCGCAAAUAAUUUUUAUAACUAACAAGAGUCGUACAUAUUAAUGCUAGAAUGUAAUGUUCGUUUUGAGAAAAAAUAAAGUUAUAGCAAUAUUACGUUAUUUGGAUUAUUGUUAAUAUACUUGGUUUUGUCUCAAAUGGUAGGUAAAAGUAGGUAUGCAGACCAGCAAUGAUAAAAUGUUAUAUAUUAUUACAAUAAAAAUUCACUUGCGGGAUCACUCACUUUAACCUUUAGUGAGUUAAAUAAUGUUUUGUUUAGUUUAACGUGUGAGUGACAAGGACAAAACACUCAAUAGCCAUUCUAGUUCAAAAUUAAGUAUGAUAUCAAAGUGACAAGUCAAGAUCCAGCAAAUAUUUCACCUUUUUCAAGUCCAUUGAAAUAUUUCAUUUUAUAGAAUUACCUUUAAAACAAUAUGAUAUAAUAGUAAUAACUCAAAUCGGAUUUGCUUGAUCAGUGAUUAUAUAAUUUGAUUAUACUGGAUCUUAUGGGAUUAAUGAAAUCAAAUCGCUUUCGAUAAUACGCGCCUCCAAACAGAAAUUACUACGUAUAAUAUAGAUUUUAUAUGCGUUAAAAAAAAGAAUUUCUUGAAUAAGUUAGUAUAUACAGUCUCUUAAUUCUCUCUAAAUUUGGGGAGAAAACCAGCAAAUUGACAUCACUAAUUGGAACCAGCCUUGUCAAACCUGACAAUAUCAUUUUUGUAUGACAUUUCACACCUAGACCCGCGGUUUCGUUUACGUCCUAAAGAUUACCAGCGUUUUUAAACAUGAUCACAUCUGUUAAUUUUACAAAAGCAAACACUUUCGCAUUUAGAAUAUUAAUAUAGCUGUAAUUUUUAUUAACGCCGUUUUUGACACGAGUUUUGUUAAAUAUGUUGCACGAGACAAACGUUUUACUAUGUUACGUUUUAUUAUAUUUUCUUUUCAAUUAUCUAUAACUGGCGAUCUGCCCUCAGCGCCCGAACUAUUUUUUUAAUCAACAUGCAUAUGUAGCUCGUUUGGGUCGUCAGCAUUAACUCUUUCUUCGUAUGUCGUCAGCAAUAGCUUCGCUUCUGUGUACUUAAUAUUGUUCAUAAAUGAAUGUUGAAUGCCCAAAUACACGCAAUUGCAUUAAGGUGCUGCUCAAAACCAUUGCUGUCUCUAUUUAGCAUGUUAGUAUUUAAAUAGCUGUUAAAUUUGAGUGGCCUUUGAGUAUUCAGGCAUAAGAACGUAUGUAGAUGCCAUAAUAAUUAUAUCACUUAUAUUUAGAUGUAAGCUUUUAUGUAACGAGCUUCACGACGGAUUGUUAUUUGUGCUAUAAAAAGUACUUGUAAAAAGUGGUUGAGGACAUAACAUUGUAUGUUUGUAUGAUGAAAUCAUUCCUUGUUUGUAUGUUCGUUUACUCAAUUUACCAAUAUUUAAGUUGCUUUUAUAUACGAAAGUAGUAGACUUAUAUGUCGUUUGAAUAUUUUUUAAAAUUGGAAAUGCGUACUGUUAUUAAUAUAAAGAAGCUUAAAAAUCUAAGGACAAUAAAAAAAAUUCCCCAGUGACGUACAAUCAAUGUCCAGUAUCAUCUGAACAAUAAAUAACGAUGCUUUCACCUCGAAAAAUCUUUGUAACAAAUAAAUAACAAACAUCAAAAACAAUAGACAAAUGUCGAAUUUGAUUGCAAUUUGUCAAACGGAAUCGUGUCGAUAGUCUGUGAUGACUACUGUUGACCAACAGAUACUGUUGACCAAUCACAGUAAAACGAAAUCCGGAAAUAUUUUUGGUUAUCGCUCCCCUAAGCCCCUACGAAACAGUUGCAACUCUCAAGAAUAAUGUUGAAACUCAUUUGAAUAUCUUCUAUGGACAGUUAAAUCUUUUAUUACUUGAACACUGACAAUCAUAAUAGGCCAAUGGGUUGACAUAGGAAACUACGUCAUGUGUACAUCACAUUUUGCUAUUAAGAUUAGUCCAUUUUGUCUAGCACUUGUUAGUAAUUUAUGGAAGACUGAAUGUGUGAUUUGAAUUUCGUUUUCGUUAUAGUCGAGCUAGUUAUUUUAUUUAGGUUAAGAGACAUGGUCGAAUAUUCAAUCCGCCAGUUAGCAAUUUUCCAUUAAAAAAAAAAUCUUAUUUGAUUGAGUAUCCGUCCAUGAAGUCAGUGCAAUAUGCUUUUUUAAUUUAACGGUCGCUGGACCUUGCGAUGCAAAGUGGUUGUCAUAGUCAUUUGGUGGUUGUCACAUCAGAACCUA